AAUUUCACAAACUCACGAGUCGCGUUGGCUGCAUAUUUGUUUUUGGUUCCGGUCGGACCGGUCAUGAAAUUUCCUCCGUCUAUAAAUACCGAUUUAUUCGUUGCCUAAAUCUCUCACCAUUUCUUCUUCAUUCUUCCUUCCUUCCUCUCUCUCCAAAACAGCUCGAUCGAUCUAGGGUUCUCUGAAGGAAUUCAAAGAAAUUGUCUAAAGAUGGGUUCAAAUCAGAAGGAUGUUGGAAUUCUUGCUAUGGAAAUGUAUUUCCCUCCUACUUGUGUUCAACAGGAAGCAUUGGAGGCUCAUGACGGUGCCAGUAAAGGAAAAUACACCAUUGGGUUGGGACAAGAUUGCAUGGCGUUUUGUUCCGAAUUGGAAGAUGUCAUUUCAAUGAGUUUGACAGCCGUUAGCUCUUUACUCGAAAAGUAUAAAAUUGACCCUAAACAAAUUGGACGCCUGGAAGUCGGCAGUGAAACCGUGAUUGACAAGAGCAAGUCGAUAAAGACCUUCCUGAUGACAAUCUUUGAGGAAUGUGAUAACACUGACAUUGAGGGUGUUGACUCCACAAAUGCAUGCUACGGAGGAACUGCAGCUUUGUUCAACGUUGUGAAUUGGGUGGAGAGUAAUUCCUGGGAUGGACGAUAUGGUCUUGUUGUGUGCACUGAUAGUGCGGUCUAUGCAGAAGGACCUGCCCGCCCCACUGGAGGAGCAGCUGCUAUUGCUAUGUUGAUUGGUCCAGACGCACCAAUUGCCUUUGAAAGCAAAUAUAGAGGAUCCCAUAUGUCUCAUGUCUAUGAUUUUUACAAGCCCAACCUAGCCAGUGAAUACCCGGUCGUUGACGGAAAACUUUCACAAACUUGUUACCUUAUGGCACUCGAUUCCUGCUACAAACGCUUUUGUGCUAAGUACGAGAAAUGCCAGGGUAAGCAAUUCUCGAUGGAUGAUGCAGACUACUUUGUAUUUCAUUCACCUUACAACAAGCUCGUGCAGAAAAGUUUUGCUCGAUUGUACUUCAUGGAUUUCUUAAGAAACGCCAGCUCUGUUGACGAGGCUUCAAAAGAAAAGCUUGCACCAUUUGCAGCUCUAUCCGGUGAAGAAAGCUACGCGAGUCGGGAUCUUGAGAAGACAUCCCAAACUGUUGCAAAGAAUCUUUAUGCUGAGAAGGUUGGACCUACCACUUUGUUGCCCAAACAAGUCGGUAAUAUGUACACUGCAUCACUCUAUGCGGCAUUUGCUUCUCUUCUUCACAACAAAAAUAGCUCACUGGGUGGUAAACGUGUAAUAAUGUUCUCUUAUGGAAGUGGUUUAAGUUCCACAAUGUUCUCAUUCCGAAUGAGGGAAGGUUCACAUCCAUUCAGCUUAUCAAACAUUGCAACUGUAAUGGAUGUCGCGCACAAGUUGGAGUCCAGACAUGAGGUUACUCCUGAAAAAUUCGUCGAAACCAUGCAACUCAUGGAGCACAGGUACGGAGGGAAAGACUUCGUAACGAGCAAGGACACAAGCCUGUUAACUUCAGGCACAUACCAUCUUACCGAAGUCGACUCCAUGUACCGCAGAUUCUACUCCAAGAAGUCAAGUGCUGCAGUGCAAAAUGGUCACUAGAAAAAUAGUGAAGGAUGGAAAUGUCAGCAGAAGAUCUGCCGAAGAAUUGCUUUUGUAUUUUCAUUGUUGUUGUUAGUGCUUUAGAAUAAUUCUUAUUUAUGAUUUGUACAAGUUAAAUUAUUUCCAAACCUGUGGUUUGCCUAUUAGCAAUUGUAAUAGGAUUCAUCUCCUCUUAAUAUAUCCAUUCAAGUGUUCCACUCCA